UAUCGAUUCGGAUCGAUAAUUGCGCUGCCAAUUUCCAUCCAAAAAUAUUCCCAAAAGGUCGCUGGAAUCGUUUCGUCCCCUGAGCUAAUUUUGCAUCCGGGAACCUCGCGCGCGGAUGACCCAGGGUCGGCUCUAAUUGUUAUCGCGUUUUACAUUACAAAGACAGUUGUGUUUACGUAUUGCCAUGGACGCCUCGAACUACGACAAAUGGUGAACAUGUCAAGCAUACAAAAAUGCCAACACAGAGUAAGAAAUCAGUGUCGAUAACAACCUCCGAGAGACCUGCGAAACCAAAAAAGAAGAAGAAAAAAGAAUCUGGUAGAAACAGUAGGAAUUCCUUUAGUAAAACCCCCACAUCGGGAGUUGACAGCUCCAGUGAAGGUUUGUUCUAACAGUGUUGUUUGUCUAUUACUUUGGUGAAAAGAAACAUUUGGAUGAAUAUUCUCAUUUGAAAGGGUUCACACUUUCCAGAUGCUAAAUUUAGAGAUUCUUUUCAAGAAGAGAAAGCAACGGUGUGAUGAAACUUAAAGGGUCUUUAUAAAGGUAAUACGAUUAUAAGGUUAAUUUUGUGUUCUUCGAAGGAACCCAUCAAAAGUCAAGAACGAAGUCACGCUCAGAUACAAGUGACGUUACCGAAGGGAAAGUUGUGAGCAUUGUAAGUUCAAAGUCAUUUUCGUCGAGGACAGAAAGCACGUCUUCCAGUAACUGGAGAACAAGCAGUUCUGAUGGAAGAAGCACGAGCAGUAGCGGCGAAAACUUCGGCUCAACACUUAAUGCAAAUUCUGGUUUAGACACACGGAACAACGAAGUGAACGAUCUAACAACACGUACAGAGUUAACUCAAGUGAACGAGAGUUUAAGAUGGGAUUUAACAGAUUGCGAUGACCCAGAUGAAGAAGAGGAGAGAUUAAGGAUUUAUAAAUUACACAGAAGAAAAAGAUACAUGGAUUUCUUUCAUAAACGAACUGGCGAUGAAGCGCAAAGUAGCCAGUUUUAUGGGUAGCGAAUUCGAUCGACAAUGUACAAAGCUUGUGAUUGUAAUCGAAAAUUAUUUAAAGUACCGAAUACGUUCGAAUCUCUCUUAAAGAGAAUUCAAUAUUGCUUGAUCAAUAAGCCAAAACUUGUUAUCGAAUUUCAACAUUUUUAGGAAAAGAUGGCUUAAAUAUUUAUGAACAAAGUUCGAAAAAACAAUUAGCGAGAAUCAGCUAAGCUAUUUAAUCCCCAAUUUAUUCACACUCGAAUAUCAACUUUUAAACCACGUAAAGAGUACAUUUGUUACUAUUUUGUACAUGAAUUCAACAAAACAGACCAACUCUCGCCUGCAGAGAUCUUUUACUUUAAAUCGAAAGUUACCUUACAUUAGCUUACAGAGAAUUACUGUAGUAGGUUUCAAAGGAGAAUUAAUUAGUAUACCCCAGACCUAGGAGAUUAUUUGUUUUACUGGACUUUUUAUUCCCAAGGGCUAGUUCGUGCGUGUACCACAAUUUCAUGUCCAUAACAUUUGUAAAUAUUGAAAAUAUUCUAGUGUCUUAAGAAGUGUUGAGUGAAUUAAUAAGAUUUAGUGCAAAGCGAUGGUAAGAGUUUUAAAUAACAAACAAACUCUCAGUCGUCUUUGACUGAAGGAGAUUUGAAUGACAACAACAACAACAGCAACAAAAAUGGCAUUGUACUUCGUGUCAAACAAGUAUUUGUGAUGGUAGGCCAGAGAGGACGAAGAUUGAAUUUCCUACACAAAUCUAUUGUCUGUAGUCGCCACGUUUUUUCAAACCGUCAUCAAAAGCGUCAGAAAGUAACUACAUCUGGACAGUCUGUGCUUCUUGUGAUUUCCAGCCUGCUCAUGUGUUAUAAAAUUUUUGUUUUGUUUUUAUUCUAUAUUUCUUUACCUUUGUACCAUAAAAAUUUUGUUUAAUGCUGGCCUCGAGACUUUCAAGACAGUCUGUAAAUCCUAAAAAAAAUUUUAUCCUAAAUUUAUCCUAAAUUUUUUUUAAGUUCAUCAUCUGUAAUCCGUGUGUUAGCCUUCGCCAUUCAGUUUCUGAACCAUC